AUGCUACGUUCUACUCUAUUUCUUGCAGCUGCAUCUCUAGUUACAGGUGCAGUUAUUCAACAACCCAUUGCAGAACCAAGCUCUCAAUCUCUCAUCAAUGAAAAACACAAACCAUUGAUCAAAUCUACUUCCCUCCAAAACGAUAUAAAGACAAAAAAUCUCCUCAAACGGGCGAAUCAGCUUUACAAAAUUGCAGAGGAAAGUAUCCCUGAGUAUAAUCAUCCGACGAGAGUUAUCGGAUCAAAAGGCCACGAAUCAACUGUUGAUUACAUCUACUCUUCUAUUGCUUCUCUCGGCGACUACUAUGAUAUCUCCAACCAAUCAUUCCCUGCAGUAGUGGGCAACAUCUUCGACUAUCGACUCGUACUUGGCGAUGCCGUUCCAAAGACUGCUACCCCCAUGAGUCUCACACCUCCAACAGCCAACAAAGAUGCGGUUUUCGGCCCACUAGUGUUGGUUAGCAACAAUGGUUGCGAUGCGACCGACUAUCCCGCAGAGGUGGCGGGCUCUAUCGCUUUGAUCCUCCGUGGAACUUGUUCAUUUGGAGACAAAUCUGCGAAUGCCGGUAAAGCAGGUGCCAUUGCCGCAGUUGUUUACAACAAUGCCAAUGGGUCUCUUAGUGGAACACUGGGAGCACCAAAUGCAGAUCAUAUCGCCACUUUCGGUAUAUCAGACGAAGAAGCAGCUCCAUAUGUCGAGAAAUUGAAGAAUGGGGAAUCUAUUGAUGGAUCUGCAUUUGUUGAUGCAUUGGUUGAAGAAAUCACCACCACAAAUAUCAUUGCUCAGACCAAAGGAGGCGACGCAAAUAACUGUGUGAUGUUGGGAGGACAUUCGGACAGUGUUGAGGCAGGACCGGGUAUCAAUGACGAUGGAACUGGUACUAUAUCUCUGCUUGAGGUUGCUACCCAGUUGACCAACUAUAAAGUCAAUAAUUGUGUUAGAUUUGGAUGGUGGGCAGGGGAGGAGGAGGGACUUCUCGGUUCAGAUUACUACGUUUCCCAACUUUCCGAUGAGGAGAAUUUAAAAAUCCGUCUUUUCAUGGAUUACGACAUGAUGGCUUCUCCAAACUAUGCUUACCAGGUGUACAACGCUACUGAUGCCGCCAAUCCUGAUGGAUCCGAAGCAUUGAGAAAUUUGUAUACAAAGUGGUACAAAUCCCAUCAACUCAACUACACAUAUAUUCCAUUUGAUGGUCGAAGCGACUAUGAUGCUUUCAUCAAGAACGGUAUUCCAGGUGGUGGAAUCGCAACUGGUGCUGAAGGUGUCAAGACUGCCGUCGAAGUUGAAAUGUUUGGUGGUAAGGCUGGAGAUUGGUAUGAUCCUUGUUAUCAUCAACUUUGUGAUGAUCUUUCAAACCUUGCUCUUGAUGCUUGGUUAAUCAACACCCAACUCAUCGCUCAUUCGGUUGCUACUUAUGCGGCUUCUUUCGAGGGAUUCCCAAAGAGAACUCUGGAAAGUGUUAGUGCUGCUGCUGCAAAGAAAGUGAAGGAAGAGACCAAAUAUCAUGGUCCUCAGUUGGUCAUGUAA